UAUCAAAUGCUAAAAGUCUUGGCAAAACAUAACCCCCUAAAUUUUUAGACACAACCUUGAACCAUUUUUCUCACCCAGGCCUUGCUCCCUUACCAAAACAUGAAGAAAGAUUGCUGCCACCACAAACGAAAGAAGAAGAUCUAUAUUUACCUCUUGAUCGGCACAAUCAGCUUCAUAGUUACCGUCGGCUCCACCGUCUUCAUUAUAUGGCUCAUCCUCCGCCCUACAAAGCCUCAAUUCAUCCUCCAAGGUGCCACCGUCAAUUCCUUCAGCCUCUCCGCCCCCAACCUCCUUACUUCCAAUCUUCAAAUCAGCCUCUCCUCCCGCAACCCUAAUGGCAGAAUCAGCAUAUACUACGAUAAAAUUGAAGUAUAUGCCUCGUACCACGGCCAACAAAUUACCCCCACCACAAUGCUCUCUUCUACUUAUCAGGGACACAAAGAAAUGACAGUUUGGUCGCCAAUUUUGUGCGGGAAUGAAGUGCCAUUGGCGCCAUACCUUGCUGUUUCUUUGAACCAAGAGCAAAUGGUCGGAAUGGUGUUGAUUAACUUUAAGAUGAGUAUAAAAGUACGAUGGAGAGUCGGAAAAUUCGUAUCUGGGACAUAUCAUUUGUAUGUGAACUGUCCGGCUUAUAUAAAUUCUGGUAAUAAUAACAAUAACGCAGCUAACGCUGGUGUUGGAAAUGCUAUUCAGUUUAAGAACUGCCAUGUUGAUGUAUGAUGUUUGAGCUGGCUAAUGGCUAGCUCUCAUUGUUGGUCUAUUUUAAUUAAAAAAAUUUUUUUUUCAGCUUUUUGUUCUUUUUAUUUGAUCUUGAAGUCCUAUUGGGUUUGUACUGUAAUAUUAUGCAUUUUAAUUUAUGUGUCAUGUACACUCUAUUAUUAUAUGGGGAAAUAAAGUUUGAACAAGUACUCUCUCUAGAUUAA